GAUCGCUUGACAAAAUUUAGAUUCACACAUUCUUUCUUCAAUUUUCAUAAUGGCAAAAUCAUCAUUCAGUCAAUAAAAUUAUUUUAAAUUAGACACUUGGAUUAUAACAAAUGAACAGUUCAAACGCAAUAGAAGUGUUAUUCAUCAUUGUUUAGAGUAGAUGAUUUCCUUUUUAAUGAACCACAGUCCUUUUCCAACUGAUGAAUUAAACACUGGCCAGACAAUUCAUAUGAUCACGAAUUGCUAGAGUUCAUAAUGUCACUAGCUUUACUUCAGGAUAUCCCAUCCAAUAUAAUCUAAAUAACUGUCUGUUCAUCAGGUUUACCUACCGUAUCAAACAAUGACAUUUUAAGAAUGAAUCAAAGUAAACUAGAAUGACGCGCAUUUGUUGUACAUUUUGUGAUAUGUGCUUCGGAAAACCAUCUCGACUAGAAGCACAUCUGAGAAUCCACACUGGAGAGCGUCCAUAUGUAUGUAUGUGUGGUAAAACCUAUACACGUAAACAACAUUUAACUCGUCAUACUUCAAAAUGUCCCAAAACUAUUCAAGAAAACAACUUAUCUAAACAAAAGGAGCCAGUAAAAGUCGAAAAAACCUAUUCGUGUUCACAGUGUUCUGCUGGACCUUUUCAAAAAAAGAAAAUGGUAUCGGCUCAUAUGGCUAUAGUUCAUGGCGAACGGAAGCAUGUAUGUGACAAAUGUGAUCGAGCGUUUCCUACGGCAUCUAAGCUUAGACGUCAUUCAACAAAACAUCAUGGUUACACAUGUAAGCUGUGCUCUGAACAACUAUCUGAAAACCCUGAAAACGAAGAAUCAGUUUCUCUCAAACUUAUUCAUUUUGAUAGUUUUGCGUGUUUGAGACGCCAUAUUGCUAAAGUUCACCCCAAAACACCUUUGCAAUGUCCUACUUGUAAUAUGCGUUUUACAAGACCUGCUGCACUAGCGGAACACAAAUCUACACAUACCCCUGGUGGACCAUCUGUUAGACGACGUUUUAUUUGUCCUUUAUGCUCACCUGAUGUUACGGGUGAUAAUGAUAAUUCCAACUCACAAGAAAAAGAUUGUCUUGUUGCAUUUACAGCCAAAAGAAAUUUAGAUGCUCAUAUGCGUUUAGUGCAUGCUAACCUUAAGUUUCCAUGUACAUGGCGUGGAUGUCCUGUUCUUUUGUCUACCAAAGUAAGUAGACAUCUAGUAUAUUUUUAACAGUAACAUGUCAUGAUUCAAAAUUGACAGCAGUAUCAAAAAUGGAUUCACAUAUUAUGAUUCCCCAAAUUUUAAUUUUCGCUAUUCUUAUACACCGUAUAUUUCCAAAAACUGAAUGAACAUAUAGAACGUCAUCGACUAGGCAAGUCAGUUGCUUUCAAAAGCCGAAAUAGACGUAAUCCACGUAAUGAUCCAAGUAGAAAAUUUAAUGAUGAUAAGAAAAAUAAUAAUAAUAAUUUAUCAAUGAAUAAUAAUGAAGAUUAUUGGGAAACAUCUAGUCAAAAUAGCAUUAUAGCACUGUUAAGUGAUGUAAUUGAUUGUUCAGUUAAUCAAAUUUAUUAAUUUUUUAUGAUGAUAGUUUCAUUAUUGUACAUAAUACUAUUUCGAACUGAAUAGAACGAGAAGAAAAAGAAACAGAUAUGUAAUUAAAAACUUACUGAAUAUUUAUAUAUUUUGUUUAUAUUUACAUAUAUCAAAUGAUAUGGGAAAUAAUAAUAGACAUUUAUAUGAUUCUA